AUGGCCUCUAGUUCAGCUACCCCUUGGGCAGGAGACACCUCCGAGAAUGAGUUCGGGCCCGUUAGCCACCUGAGGCCAUUUGACUUUACUAUCACCUUCGAGCAGGCUAUACUGUCGAUCAUUCCUUCUGCGAUCCUACUAUUGGCUGGACCACCCCGCCUACUGCAUCUGUCUCGCUGUCAACGAAAGACGCGAUCCGAACACGAUUAUUUUUUGAAGUUGGUCGCUGCUUCAAUAAAUUUCGCCCUUCAGCUGUCUCUCCUUGUGCUAUGGAGCGUAUCAGUUGCUUCGCGGACGUCGACUAGCAUCCCCUCUGCUGCUCUGGGCCUCGCCAAUUCUACCAUUAUUAUUGGGCUGUCCUAUGUCGAAGAUAUAAAAUCGACAAGUCCCUCUUCUCUGUUGACUGUUUAUCUGCUUCUCUCGAUUCUGUUUGACGCGACACAGAUUCGGACACUAUGGCUUACCCAUCGAGUCGCCAUUGCAGCUAUACAAAGUGCAAUUCUUGGGACGAAACUGGCUAUGUUUAUAUUGGAGACCCGAGAGAAAACAUCUUAUCUGAAGUCCCCAUAUAAAGAGUAUCCGCCCGAGGCAACAUGUGGCAUUGUUAAUCUGAGCUUCGUUUGGUGGCUGAACCGGCUCUUUUUGACUGGGUGUCGGAAGAUCAUUGGGAGUCGGGACCUUUUUGCUCUUGAGCCUGGCCUUACCUCUGGUAAUGCAGGCGAAAAGCUGAAAAGAGCGUGGGAGAAACAUGGUUUGAUAUCUUCUCCGGAGCUGGGUGUAUCAUACGCUGACACGCCCCAGGUAAAGCAGGGAACAAUCUUCCCUUGCCGUGGGCCUUUGUCUGCUGUUUCUGGUGGGAAUUCCUCACCGUUGCCUUUCCUAGAGUGUCCAUUCAUGAUCACGGCAGUUUUGGUUUAUAUAGAGGACCCGAUCACAACAGAGAGCUGGAAUCGUGGAUAUGGUCUCAUUGGAGCCACAUUCUUGAUUUACCUUGGGUUAGCGUUGUCUAAUGUUCACUACAGACAUCGUUUCUCCAGAGUCAGCACAUUGUUCCGUGGAACAAUGAUCUCAUUGAUCCACGACAGGACCUUGACGCUUCAGGACGACCUCUUUGCAGAAAGUGCAGCUCUAACUUUGAUGAGUACAGACAUUGACGGCGUCAUCGAGCAUCUGGAGAAUUUCAAUGACGUCUGGGCACGCACGAUUGAAGUGGCAAUUGGCACAUGGCUACUUGAAAGACAAGUGGGUGCAACUUGCGUGGUUCCAUUGAUUCUGACUCUAGCAUGCCUGGGUGGUCAAAAGCUGGUGGCGAAGACAAUUGGAAACAACCAGCAAAAUUGGAACCUUGAAAUUCAGAAGAGGAUUCAGAACACAUCAUCUGUCCUGGGUUCUAUCAAAGCUGCUAAGAUUUCAGGACUCUCUAGCAAACUAUUCGAAGCCCUCCAGGGGCAUCGCGAACGAGAACUUUUUGUAUCUCGCGCUUUCUUCAAGGGUAUCAUGUGGUUAAAUGGCCUAGCAAGUCUGCCUCGGAUAUGGUCGCCCGUCAUUACCUUCGUUGUGUACGCUGUACAAGCACAAAUUAGGGCGGACGACUCCCUUACUACUGUUAAAGCCUUCACUGCUCUUAGUAUUAUUACACUCGUCACUACGCCCGCAGAAAGACUUCUCGCUGUCUUACCACAGCUAGCGGCUGCCAUGGGAUGCUUCCAGCGGAUUCACGAAUACAUAGUCUCUGAGCCGAUGAAAGAUAGCCGAGUGCGCAAGAAUGGAGUUUCGUCUUUUACUUCAGACAAGAACGAGCCUGAAGUCGCCAUCGCCUUAGAUAGCGUUACUGUCUUACCGUCGCAAAAGGCUACAAGUACCGCCCUCAAUGACGUGUCCUUCAAAGUCACUAGUGGCAGUCUGGUCAUUGUUAUUGGCCCUGUCGGCUCGGGUAAAACUACGUUGCUAAAGACCAUCCUAGGUGAGCUUGGUUGUCUAUCGGGUGCCGUGUAUAUCAAAUCGAGCAGAGUAUCCUAUUGCAGCCAGAAUCCAUGGCUGCUCAAUACAACAAUCAAGAAAAGCAUAACCGGUAUCUCGGACCAUGAGGUCGAUGAGAAAUGGUACAAAACUGUCACCUAUUCAUGCUGCUUGGAUGAGGACAUUCGUCGUUGGCCCGACGGUGACCAAAGUGAGAUUGGAAGUAAGGGUCUUGCCCUUUCCGGAGGUCAAAAACAGCGAGUGGCACUGGCUCGUUCGGUGUACAGCCGCCACGAUAUAGCGUUGCUCGACGAUGUCAUGAGUGCGUUAGAUGCGCACACGCAAGAAAUGAUCAUUCAACGACUUCUCUCUCGUGAUGGGAUAUUUCGUCAGCAGGGCACAACUGUGGUUUUGACCACUCACAAUUCUCGACUCCUUGGAAUCGCAGAUAGUGUGGUCUCGCUCACCUCGGAUGGUCGAGUUGACCUUCAAACAACAGGCAGUGAGGCUGUUCUCAAUACAAAUUUCUGGCAGGCUAGACAAUAUUCAGAUGCGCAAAUCCAGGACGACCUCAAUGACAAACCCAAUGACCAUUCAACCACCAUGGUUUCGGACUCCGACCCUAUCGGUGAGAUCGAAAAUAUGGAUCGAACUCGGCAAAUUGGAGAUCUAUCAGUAUAUUAUUACUACGCGCGAACAGUGGGUUCAGUUCUUUGCGUCGUGUUCCUUGUUGGACAUGUUCUCUUGGCAUUUGCCGAGAGCUUUCCACAAGUGUGGUUGAGCAGAUGGACCACGGCAGGAGGCGGACAGCUUCCUCUCUAUUUAUCUGUCUACGUGGUCUUCACACUGGCAGCAUCCCUCCUUACCAUUUGGUGCAUAUGGGUCGUAUUCCUUGAACUGAUGCCGAAAUCGGCUAUUCGAUUGCACUGGCUGCUUUUGGAUACGACUAUACGGGCACCAUUGUCCUUCUUCGCCGCCACUGAUAAUGGUGUGACUUUGAAUCGGUUUAGUCAAGAUAUGACCCUGGUGGAUUUGGCUCUUCCUAUUGCGUUGAUGUCUUCCGCUGAGUCCUUUUUUGGGUGCAUUGCUACCAUCGGCCUGAUCGCCAUGGGGUCCCCUUUUAUGGCAACAACAAUACCGGUCACACUGAUCGUACUCUAUUUCUUGCAAAAAGUUUAUCUCAAGACAAGUCGCCAACUACGAUACCUUGAUCUGGAAUCUAGAAGCCCGUUGUACUCUCACUUUGCCGAGGUCCUCGAAGGUCUGCCGACAAUCCGGGCAUUUGGCUGGCAAGAUGCCUCGUCAGAGAUUCUAACUCGGCACCUUGAUGAGUCUCAGAAGCCGUACUACAUGUUACUAUGCGCACAGAGGUGGCUGAAUCUGGUCUUGGACAUUGUGGUGAUGGCAUUGGCAACCGUUGUGGUAACACUAGCCGUCAUGCUGCGUAGCAACACGGACUCGAGCCUCCUCGGCGUCGCGCUGAACAAUAUUCUUGGAUUCAACCAAUUGUUGUCAUACUUCAUCACAUCAUGGACUACUCUCGAGACCUCCCUUGGAGCGAUAGCCCGUGUCAAAUCAUUUGUUGAGACGACACCAUCUGAAAACAGACCGGGCACAGCCGCAGAACUGCCUACAUCGUGGCCUGAUAAGGGGGAUAUUAACAUACAGGACCUUUCUCUCCGUUAUCCCGACGGAACUCUGGCUCUGGAUAACAUCUCUAUGCACAUAUGUCCGGGCGAAAAGAUCGGUAUCUGCGGCCGCACUGGCAGUGGGAAAAGCUCCCUCACGCUAGCCAUGCUGCGCCUUGUAGACUUCUCGCAUGGCAAUAUCACAAUUGAUCAGACUGACAUUUCCAAGAUCGUCCCCGCAUCAAUCCAAGAGAGGUUGAUAGCCGUGCCGCAGGAUUCGUUCACGCUUUUAGGAACUAUCCGCUAUAAUGCAGACAUCAUGGGGCUCGCCAUCGCGGGGGGGCUGGACGCACUGCUUGAGGACCAUCCACUAUCGCAAGGAGAGCAGCAACUCUUCUGUCUGGCGAGGGCCAUUAUUAAAAGACAAACCAGUAAUACUGGGUGUCAGGUGCUAAUUCUGGAUGAAGCCACGAGCAGUCUUGAUGCCCAAACAGACCGGCAAGUGCAGAAAGUCAUGAGAGAUGCUUUCCAUGACUGUACUGUUUUCAGCGUCGCGCAUAGAAUUUUGAUCGAAUUGCAGUAUUGGAUGCUGGAUGUCUCAGUUGAGUUUGAUACUCCACGAAAUCUUCUUCCUAGAGAAGGUUUAUUGAAGCAGAUGUACUCUGGCACGGAUAAAUAG